CAGAAUGACACCACGACUGCAGCUCUUCAUCACUUUACUGCUUCACUUUGAAGCAGGAAUCAGUGAUGGACGAAUCGUUCUCCAUCACAGAGCUGGAGAUGACGUCGUCUUACCGUCUGACCUUGGUUCUUCAUAUUACCCAUGUUCUGAUGUUGACUGGAUUUAUUACAAACAUCGACUUGCAAAAGAACAAUUCAAGGUUCGUAAUGGAAAUAUUGAGGAGACGUCACCUGGAGCUGACAGGAUGAGUGUGAGCAGUAACUGCUCUCUGAUCAUCAACAACAUCACUGCUGAAGAUGCUGGUCGUUACAUCUUUUGGAUUAGAAAUGAUGUUGUUUACUCCUACAAAUCUGUGUUUCUGAAUGUUUUAACAGUCACUCCAUCUCCACCAGAUGUGGAUCCAGGAAGGGAUGGAGAUGUGACAUUACGCUGUUCUCUGAUGAGACACGUUGGUUUGGGUCCCUGUGAGCAGAACAGCAUCAUCUGGGUGGAUGAGACAGGAAGUGUGCUGCUUGGUGAAGGUGAUGGGUUUGUGUCUGGAGGACAGAACAACUGUGUUUCUGAUCUGAUGGUGAAACAUCAGAGACGCUCCAAGAGAAGAUUCACCUGCCAGGUUGUUGAAGGAGACAGAGUGAAGAUAGAUGCUGAAUACACGCUGGACUUUAUAGAUUCCAGUGUGAUCAAUACCAGAUUGAUUAUUGGAUGGGAGGUCAGGGGGCUGAUGGUGGUUCUGGUCAACAUCGCUACGUUUCUCAUCAUUUACAGGAUGAAAGUUAAAAGGAACAAUCCCAAAAAUCAAACAGGUGAAGAGGGAUGAUGAUGAUGAUGAUGAUGUGGUGAACUAUGAAAACGAUGAAGACCUGUCUGCUUCUGUCCGAUCCACAGAUCCAUAAAUCAGCUGUGUGUGAUGGAAACAUUAGCGUUAGCCUGGGUACAGAGCAGCAGACGGAUGUUUGGUCUCUGAAAGAUCAGCUCUGGGGUCACCGGGGCUGUUUAUGAGAAUCCUAGUGUUUAGUUGUGAUCUUCAAAAAUACUAUGCAGCUUUUCCUCGGUGUCACUCCUGCAUCGAGGAGUCUGAUGUAUGUUUGACCUGCUUGCAUGCUAACGAUGUAUUAAAUCUCCUAAACUGGGAUCAUCUCUCACGUCUUUAUUCCUGAUAGUCUCAUGCAUAUAUUAAUCAUGUUUGUAAAAUAGCAUUUUUCCAUCUCCAUAAUAUCACAAAGAUUAGGAACAUCCUCUCGCAGAGUGACGUGCAAGCACUAAUUAAUGCGUUUGUAUCUUCUAGACUAGAUUACUGUAAUGUGUUAUUAGCAGGAUGUCCAAGUAAUUUGCUGAAUAGGCUCCAGCUGAUCCCUUGAGUGCUGACAGGAAUCAGCAGAGAGACCACGUUUCUCCAGCGUUAGCGUCGCUCCAUUGGCCCCCGUAACUUGUAUUACUUGCGUAUAAAGCCCAAAAUGACUUAGCUCAGUGACAUUUGCAAGACCUGAUAGUGCCUUAUGUUCCUGGCAGAGCUCUCAGAGUUCAGGUUUACUCGUAGUUCCUAGAGUAUCCAAAUGUAGAUUUGGAGGGCGGGCGUUCUGCUAUCAGGCACCAUUACUAUGGAACAAACUAGUUAGUGUUCAGUAAACCUCUAGUUAGUGUUUAGUAAACCUCUAGUUAGUGUUUAGUAAACCUCUAGUUAGUG